AUCUGCAAAUCGGGGAUAGAUUAGACGUGCCUUCUGGUGCUUGUCAGACGGCCCUGGGCAGAAACCGGCGACACCGGGUCUAUUGGCGGGGACAUGAGACACGGAGGCGAUGAUGGGACUUGUAGUCCGCCUCCAUAGUGAUGUCCCCACGGUGAGCGGCAGGUUCUGUGCGGACCCUCCCGUUUCCGUUGCUGACCAGUCCUGUACCUGCUAUUUGUGGCGCACGUUCUUGGCACAGGCUUCUCUGAGAUGUGCCCCAGUGUCCUGCAGCAGAGGAUCGUGGGUCCUGAAACUCUCGUGAGAGUGCAAUGACCAGUCUGGACGGCAGCCAUGGAGACAAAGCGCGCCAAGCCUCUGCCAAGACCACCGCACCCAAAGUGGAGGUCCAGCGUUCCAUUUCCCGAGAGACCAUCACCAUCCGCUUCUCAGCCAUGGGGAAGGAGGAGGAAGAAGAGGAAGAGACUCUCAGCGAGGACCUAGAUGACCAGAGCAUUGUAACUGCAGUGGAGGCCAGCGAGGACCUCUGCUUUGAUACCGGUACACACGUGAUCUCUAGCCUUGCUACCUCCCCCGCUAACGCCAUGUUAGAGCCUUCAUUGCCAACACUGCUACCUGCCGCCAAUCCAACCGCACCCACUGUCAGCUCCUUAGAAGCUCAACCUAAGUGCUUCAGCACUGUGCCAUUACCCCUGUCAACAUCUCACAACAGUCUCGACUCGGCCAACGUGUUCCCUCCCACAGAGCAGAAGCCAUCACUGGUCUCCUCACCAUCCAAAGUGCUUGCAUUGACCAUGGCAACCCCCACUGUCUCCAGCCCAAAGCCUUUCUUGAGCUUAGUCAAGUCUCUUUCGACAGAGGUAGAACCUAAAGAGUCCAGCACCUCCAUAAGGCACAGGCACUUAAUGAAAACUCUGGUGAAAUCUCUGUCCACGGACACCUCCAAGCAGGAGGCAGAGGGCGGCUCGCACCGACCGUCUGACUCUAAACUCAACCUGCAACUGUUCAAGCAGUUUACACAGCCCCGAGUGACUGGUGGUGACUCCAAGACAGCCCCGUCUUCUCCUAUCACCUCCCCAUCCGAUGGGCGAUCCUUUUUCAAGGUCACUGAAGUGGAAGCCAAGAUUGAAGACACAAGGAGACGCUUCUCAGAGGUCAUCUAUGAGCCCUUUCAGCUGCUCAGUAAAAUGAUGGGCGACGAGUCUUCAAGCUACAGGUCCAAAGCCUUAUCUUCCAGUGCUUCAGAGCUGUCCAGCCUAUCCAGCCUCAAUGGUCACCUGGAGACGAAUAACAACUACAGCAUCAAAGAGGAGGAAGGAGACGCCGAGAAUGAUUACUGCUCCCCUGAGUCCAAUCCUCCAAGGGAGGAGAAGUCUCCAGAACACAGAAAGGAACCUGUAAUGUCUCCAUUAGUGAGGGAUGCUGGGAGUAGGUCUGCCACCCUGGCUCUGGAGAAAUGCUCUCUGUCUGCUCUGGCCAGCAAGGAGGACGAAGAGUUCACAGAGCUUUACUCUGAAGACUUUGACUUUGAGGAUGAGGAGGAUGGUGCAGCGGAGGCUCCUGAGGAGGAGGCUGGGCUCUGUGCUUCCUCUGAAGAUGAGCGUGAUGUGUAUUUAGAACAAUGCGAAGUUCCAGUGCUGACUCUGUGCCUCCUCGUACUCUCCGUCUACGCUUAUUUUAUACUCCCCCUCCCCAGUUACUUUGAAGGACUCUGUUUGGGAAUGGGCUUUGGUUUCAUGGCUGCCAUCGCCAUGAUUUGGUUUUUUGCGUUUCCUCGUUCUCCACAUCGCUGCCUGCGCCAACACGAGACCCCAGCGGAGCCGCUGAACAUCACCGAGCCUGACAUAUGGAAGGGAUGGAUGAACGAGAUCCAGAGCUAUGACCCAGAGACAUAUCACGCCACCAUGACCCAGUCCGUGUUUGUCCGCCUGGAAGGUUCCACGCUACGCCUGUCUAAACCCAACAAGAACGUCUCCCGUAGAGCCAUAUACAAUGAGGCCAAACCCGACGUCACCUAUGUCAGCCAGAAGAUAUACGAGCUGGUGGACAGCAAGGUCCAUCUUGUCCCGCAGAGUCUGGCGCGGAAGCGUCUCUGGAAUAAGAAGUACCCCAUCUGUCUGGAACUGGGCCGGCAGGAAGAUUUCAUGUCCAAAGCUCAGGGGGAUAAAGAGAGCACAGAGGAGAAAGCGGAGACCCAAGCCGAAGAUGGCAAGAAGAGCGGGGCCCUUGGGGCCAAGGACCAAGUGCUUUACCUGUUUGGGAGGUCAGGCAGAGAGAAGGAGGAAUGGUUCCACAGGUUUCUUCUGGCCUCCAGGAUGAAGGCCGACAUGAAGAAAGCAGGCGGAGCUGCAGCUUUGAAGUCAGGGCCCCUGCUCUCACACAGCAGGCAGAGCAGCCAGUCCGGGGCCCUGGGCCACAGCCGCAGCAGCAGUAAGGGCAGCAUGGAUGAAGUGAUAGCCCAGGUCCGGGCCAAGGAGCUGCCCGCAAACGUCCGGCAGAAGAUGCUGCUGGACUAUGGUGUGUACAUGGCCCGGUGCGUCCCACAGGAGGAGAGGAGCCCAGACGAAAGCCCUGCCACCAGUGCCAACAGCAGCCCCACAGCAGCCAAGAAGGUGGUCGCGGAACAGGCGGUUCUGGAGCAGCAGGCCUGGGUCAACGCUCUGCUCGGGAGGAUGUUCUGGGACUUCCUGAGGGAGAAGUACUGGUCCGACCUGGUGUCAAAAAAGAUCCAGAUGAAGCUCAGCAAAAUCAAGCUGCCAUACUUCAUGAAUGAACUGACGCUGACCGAGCUGGACAUGGGGGUGUCUGUGCCGAAAAUCCUGCAAGCCUUCCAGCCAACCAUAGACCACAGAGGUCUGUGGACGGAUUUGGAGAUUUCCUACAACGGAUCUUUUCUUAUGACUUUAGAAACAAAAAUGAACCUGACCAGACUGGGGAAGGAGCCGCUCGGGGAAGCCUUCAAAGUGGGCGAGAGCGGGAAAGAAGGCGCCAGACCGAGGGCCUAUUACCUGGCAGACAGCGAUGAGGAGUCGUCCAGUGCUGGAUCAUCUGAUGAAGAAGAUGCAGCAGAGAUGACCAGUGACCGGCUGCAGACGCCCGGAGCAGAGGGGUACGCGGGGCCUCAUCGAACGAGCAAGAUCAUGAGAUUUGUAGAUAAAAUCACCAAAUCCAAAUAUUUUCAGAAGGCAACAGAGACAGAGUUUAUAAAGAAGAAGAUUGAAGAAGUGUCGAACACCCCGCUGCUGCUGACCGUGGAGGUGCAGGAGUGCCGAGGAACGCUGGCCAUCAACAUCCCCCCUCCCCCGACUGACCGCAUCUGGUACGGUUUCCGGACACCCCCACAUCUGGAGCUAAAAGCGCGGCCAAAACUUGGGGAGAGGGAGGUGACCCUCGCUCAUGUCACUGAGUGGAUCGAGAAGAAACUGGAGCAGGAGUUUCAGAAAAUCUUCGUCAUGCCAAACAUGGAUGACGUGUACGUGAACAUCAUGCACUCGGCCAUGGACCCGCGAUCCGGCGGAGAGGCGGAGGAGGCGGUGGCGGAGGCUCAGUGAUGGCGGCCAUGCUGUUUACAGUGUUAUAGACUUUUCUUUACCAUUGAUUUGUGCCUGUCACCCCCCUUCCCCCCGGAGUCGCACUAGACCCUGGGGGGAGCGCACGGAGGAGAGCCCCAUGUGUGAAGGAAGGCGCUGCGAGUAUGGAGGGAAUGUGCUGCAGCAUAACCCGUGGGGUGUAUAGAGGCCAUAAGUCUACCCUAAUCCCCGGCGUGCGCAUUCUGUGUCGCUGCGCUCCCCUCCCUGCACGAGCCAACGCGAUGGGGGAGGGCUGCACCGUGACACAGCAUGACUGCCGCUGAACCAGGACCAAUAAUCACUACAUACAGGACGAGCCCGUGAGGAGGAAGCUCCGCCCUGUAACGCCCGCCCCGGGUUCCACUGGUAGAUGGAAGGAGCCAUGACCCAGCAGUACCGGCGCUGCGCCGGCAGGGGGCUCAGCUAAUUCCAUGACCAAACCUCUCUCCUGUGCAGCCCCCUGCUGGCGGCCAGUGGUACUACACUACAUUCCGCCGCUGGGCCCUCCCAUAGAUUUGUUAACCCUAUGAAGGAAUAAUUGCGCCGUUUUCUGGCCGCUAAUUAGAGGUUUAAUUUAUUGUAUGAGGCUAUUUUUCUGUGAUCUGUAGAGAAGGAGCAUAUGAUGCUUUAUGUCGUGACGUACAAUCGUAGAGCGCCGGCCCUCGGCCGCUCGAUACUAAGGUUAUAGCAGCGCACACAACCGCAGCAAGCGUAGAGCCAAGAUGGCCGCCCCAGACUUUUACUUUUUGCAGAGUUCUGGUAAAUUUGCCAAGUUUCCUUUGUUUACAUCAAUGUCUUAUUCUCCGGUGAUUUUAUGGAGAUUUAUUUUAUUUUUAUUUUUUUAUUUUUAUUUUUUAAACCUUUUCUGACUGCGCGUCUCGUCUGCGCUUGUGGCGGCGUCCGUCUUCUAUGUGCAAUGAAUACUCCAUACAUCCUGACCCCUGUGAUAUUAACCCACCCAGUGCUGGAAGGCGUUAAAGUGUCGGUGAGGACAGUGUGACGGGGUCUGCUCCCCCAAAUCUGCUUUAUAGUCAGAGCUGCAGGCGGGCGGACCCCCCCCCAGCAAACUGCACUACAUGGGGGGGGGGGGGGGGGUGACUGCAGUGGAGCGCCGGGGUCUACGUCUGCACUCACGCCGCGCGCUCCCGGCUCUGCUGUGUUCACGCUGCACUAGGUCUUAUUUGUGGGUGAUCAGAAUCUGCUCAUUGUUUUAUUAAAUAAAUCUUUUUUGCCACUG